AUGGCCGGCUGGAAAGAAACGAACACGCAUCUCCGCAUCCUACGCGAUGCUGAGGCCGGCCGCUACGGCGUCAUAGCGGCUAUUGCAUACAACAUCGAGCAAGUCCAAGGCCUGAUAAAAGCUGCUACAACCGCUCGAUCACCCCUUAUCAUCCAAUUCUUCCCAUGGGCUAUUGUGACCUUUGAUGGGCUCCUCGUGCGGGCGGCCGCUGAUGCAGCCAAACGUGCUGACGUUCCUAUCUCUAUCCAUCUAGACCAUGCACAGUCCGAGGACCUUAUUCAGCGAGCCGCCGAGCUGCCAUUUGAUAGCAUUAUGGUGGAUAUGUCGCAUCACGAAAAAGAGGACAAUUUGCGCAAAACGGCACAGUGGAUACGGCACUGCAAUGAACGGCAAAUCGCCACUGAAGCGGAACCGGGCCGGAUCGAGGGCGGGGAGGACGGAGUAAUGGAUACAGCCGGUUUAGAAGCUUGCAUGACUACUCCGGAAGAAGUUGAUGAGUUUGUUGGAACUGGAGUUGAUGUAUUGGCUCCUGCAUUCGGGAAUGUCCAUGGUGAAUAUGGCCCGCAGGGCCCUCAAUUGGAUUUCCAGAGGUUUGACAACAUUCGAGGGCAAGUGAAUGGCAGGGUCCGAUUAGCAUUGCACGGGACGAACGGCUAUGAGCCUGACCUGAUGAAGAAAUGCAUCGCUGCUGGUGUCACCAAGAUCAAUGUCAACAAGCUUGCCCUGGAUGAAUACUACGCGCACCUUUACGCGAGCGCCGGGAAGAAGCCGCAUACACAGCUGAUCGAGGAGGGCAUUGAGGAGGUGGCCCAGUCAACGAUAAAGUGGAUGGAGAUUUGCGGCUCCGCGGGCAAAGCGUAG